GCUAGCACAGCAGCAUUGACUUGGGAUUUGGGGAUCACAUCACACAAGAAAAUAUUACUCCAUGGGAGGCCAAAAGGGUCCUGCUGCGAUCAUGGUGGGUGUGCUCCUCAUACUGGGGCUGGCCACUGCGGCGAUGAGCUCCUCGGAGAAGGUGGCCACCGGCGAGAAGACGUCGUGGCCGGAGGUGGUGGGGCUAUGCGCGGAGGAGGCCAAGAAGAUCAUCCUCAAGGACAAGCCCGAUGCCAACAUCGUCGUUCUCCCCGCCGGCUCGAUGGUCACCAUGGACUACGAUCCCCUGCGCGUCCGCAUCUUCGUCGAUACCGUCGCCGAGGCCCCCCACACCGGCUAGCUAAGCUUGGUACCUACACGGUUACACAGAAGUGACUAUUAAUGUCAAGGGACAUGGAAGAAUAAUUUCAUAUACCCCCCAUAUCCAUGCAUGGAUGUCACGGGCAUAUGUGUGCUAGCUCCUUAAUUUGCAUUGUCACUUUAGUUU